AUGUCUAAAACCAAUAAUCUUCUGACGAAGUAUUUCAAACGAGACAAGAAAAAGGUUAUCAAUGAAUCAACUACAGAACUUACUACGGCAGCAGAUGAACCUAAUGAAGACGGGGGCGGAUCAUGCUCUCCUAAACGCCUCAAGUUAGAUAAAAAUAAUGAUCUAUCAAUAUUAAUAUGUUCAGCAGCAGCAGCAGCACCAGGACCGUUAACAUCACCAACUUCAACUCGUUCAACAACACCAGGACCGAUAACAUCACCAACUUCAACUCGUUCAACAACACUAGGACCGUUAACAUCACCAACUUCAACUUCUUCAACAACACCAGGGCUCUUAACAUCACCAACUUCAACUUCUUCAACAACGCCAACGUCUUUAGCAUCACAUAGUGAACGAGAUCCAUCCCAUGGAUCAGCAGUAGCAAAGAAAUUCAUUUUUGCAGGACCAUAUCAACCUGAUUUGAAAUUUCAAACAGUUGAUCAUCGCCAUUUUUGUCGACAGUGGUACAGUAUUUAUUCAUGGCUAGAGUAUAGUAAAAUAAAAGAUCGUGCAUUUUGUUUUAUUUGCCGUUUAUCAUAUGGAACUGGGAAAACUGAUGACUGGUUCUCUUUAACAGGUUUUAAUACAUGGAAAAAUGGUGCUUAG